AUGCUUCUAUUGAAAUCUGAACGGGCAAUCAGCGAAGAUGGGACGAUACGUCGGUAUGAUUGGAGGCAGGGUGGUGCACCACCCUCCUCCCAAGACAUCAUCCAGACAGAAAACGAAGUAACAGAUGUCAAGUUUCACCCGACUAUGGAGCAUCUAUUUGCCGACAGCGAUGGAUCAGGAAGGGUGUUCUUACGAGAUUCAAGGAUGGCCUUUGGCUCUCUUCCAAAAAGAAGCAACGAAGGGAUUGUGCGACGGUAUAACACCAAGCUGACAAAAAAGACAUAUUCUCAUUUAAGCCAUCCGGAGGCUAGCAGCAUCACGUUUGACAAAGAUGGUAGUUGUCUCCUCGUAUUUCUGAGCUUGGCCUACUUCUUUCUCUUGAGCGUGGAAUUGACUGUAUUCGAAUGGCAGCAUUACUUGCCUACCAUAUUCUCCGUUUCGGACCCCAAUCCUCUGGCCGUCUUGAGUGGAAAGAACCUCCCAGAUGGAACUCCAGUUCCUUCCAAUCAGACGACUUAUUCGAAUUCGUGUACCAUGAAGCAUGGCUCGUUCGGUGGGCCUGGUCUCGAUAACGAUGAUAUGUACGCUGCAGGUUCUGAUGACUUCUAUUGUUAUAUUUGGAGAAUACCACCUCUUCCCCAAUUAAUGGAUCAAAGGGAAAUUUAUACUGAAAAAAGAUGGAGCGUCUAUGGUGAUGCAUCUACAAUUGCAUUCACGGAAGGUCGCCAUGAACCAAAGAUAGCUCCAGUCGAGCUCUCGACACCUCUAGAUCGUUUAACAGGGCACAAUUCGAUCGUCAACACCACCCUAUUUCAUCCCCAUUUUCUCCAUAUCGUCACUGCUGGCGUGGAAAACAGUAUCCUAUUACACAGUCCAACGCCGUCAUCCCCUUGCACCCAAAAUCUACAACGAUCUCCAGAAAAUGUGCGAGUGCUGAAAGACGAAGAUGCAGAAGAGGACCGACGGCUAUACUACAGGACUCUCCUUGGCGCUCAUUCCCCGCACGCAGAAGACAAUGAGGCUAUUGAAAGGAAUGAGAGACGGACUUUGAGAAUUAUCAUCCGAGAAGAAGGACAGGUCGAUUGUUUCGAGACACGACCAUGGAGAUCGGACGGCGAAGACUCGUCGGACGAAGAUAAUGACGAAGAAGAUGAAGACGACGACUCGGAUACAUUAUUGCUGGACAUCAGCGGAGAAGAAGUCUUCCCAAGAAUACGAAUGUUUUUGAACUGA